UUGUCUUUUAGCCCAAACCCAAAGGCAGCGGUUUAUCACUGGUAGCUUCGUUGUAGCUCAACGCACAUAAUAAAACCCUAAAGAAGGAAGACGAACAUUUUCAGAGAAAAAAAUGGGCAUGAAAGCUGUGGAUUUCUCGCUUAGAAUCAACCCUUCUAUUUGCUUUACUCAAAACCCACCAAAACCUUUCUCCAAACUCAUCAGAUGCUCUCUCUCCCCUGACGGUGCCGCCACUGGGUUGGCGGAGAGGCCAUGGAAGUUAGCGGAUGCAAGGCUGGUUCUUGAAGAUGGUUCUGUUUGGAGGGCUAAAUCUUUUGGUGCCUCUGGAACCCAAGUCGGUGAAGUGGUUUUCAACACUUCUUUAACCGGGUAUCAAGAAAUUCUAACAGACCCUAGUUAUGCUGGUCAGUUUGUCCUGAUGACCAAUCCACAUAUUGGCAACACUGGAGUAAAUUUUGAUGAUGAAGAAUCAAGUCAGUGCUUUCUUGCGGGCCUGGUGAUUAGAAGUCUAAGUAUUACCACUUCAAAUUGGAGAUGUGCAGAAACCCUUGGUGAUUACUUAGCAGAAAGAAAUAUUAUGGGAAUUUAUGAUGUUGAUACACGUGCAAUCACCCGCAGAUUGAGGCAAGAUGGAAGUCUUAUUGGGGUUUUGAGCACUGAACAAUCUAAACCAGAUAAAGAACUUUUGGAAUUGUCACGUUCAUGGGACAUUGUAGGUAUUGAUUUAAUAAGCGGUGUUUCCUGCAAUGCCCCUUAUGAAUGGGUUGAUAAAACAAAAUCAGAAUGGGACUUCAACUCCAAUGGAAGAGAUCGAGAGACUUACAGAGUUAUUGCCUAUGAUUUUGGGAUCAAGCAUAAUAUACUUCGGCGCGUAGCAUCUUAUGGCUGUCAAAUCACUGUUGUCCCAUCCACGUGGCCUGCUGCUGAAACCCUUAAGAUGAAGCCAGAUGGAGUUCUUUUCAGCAAUGGUCCUGGAGAUCCUUCGGCAGUUCCUUAUGCUGUUGAAACGGUUAAGGAAAUUCUGGGAAAAGUUCCUGUUUUUGGAAUUUGCAUGGGCCAUCAGUUACUUGGCCAGGCCUUGGGUGGUAAAACCUUUAAGAUGAAGUUUGGUCACCAUGGAGGAAAUCAUCCUGUUCGCAACCUUCGCAAUGGUCGUGUUGAGAUUAGUGCUCAGAAUCACAACUACGCAGUUGAUCCUGCAUCACUCCCUGAGGGUGUGGAAGUGACUCAUGUCAAUCUUAAUGAUAGAAGCUGUGCUGGUCUUGCAUAUCCUGCUUUAAAUAUUAUGUCUCUUCAGUACCAUCCUGAAGCAUCCCCAGGACCUCAUGAUUCAGAUUGUGCUUUUAGAGAAUUCGUAGAGCUUAUGAAGUUAACAAAACAAGCUGCUUGAAGGAAUCUGUGACUUCCAAAGGUUCAAAUUUUUGGGUGUUGUCUAUGAUUGGUGAUGAUUUGAAGGGCUAUUGUUUGGUUGAUUUUUGCUUUAUCUGGAGAGAAGGAAGAAGGGAGUGCUCUAUGUCACAAUUCUGUAUGAAAUAGUUUAGAUACUUUAUAUGUUUUCUAUUUUUGAACUGUACUUGAUGAGUUAUAGAAAGAUGAACACCGAUUAUUGGCAUUAACUUUUGACUCACAAUACACUUUGUAGUUUUAGCAUAAUAUUAUCAUGUUUUCAAAGUGA